AUGGAUUUUCCCAGGUUGUCGACUUCUCCGUCCGUGAACUACGAACGAAAUAUGCCCUCACAUUCAUUCGCGUCGCCCGGUCCAAUGCGAAUCCCAAAUAAAACCGUCGAGGCCUUUGCCCCCCCUCCAUUACCUCCACCGCAGCGGAUAAACGAUCUUGAAAAUGGUCAUGACGUGGGUUGGCUUCAUGCCAACGGGAUGGGCCGACCUGACAUCACCAAGCUAGCCCCGAUCAAUCCGGGAUCGAGUCUUUUGGGGGGUCAUCGUCCUCCAGAACCUAUUCCACGCAUCGAGAGAAUGUCAUUGGAUGACCAUGUUAAGAUCGAGCUCCCAAAACAGCAUACUUUUCAAUCAUCCUAUUCAUCAAAUUUCUCGGAACCAAUGCUAAUAGAUCUGGGAAGAAAAAGUCUACAGGGUGAACGUGAUUUUUCCCGGCGAUGUGUUAUGAGCUCUUCAGACAGCUACGAUCGACACCUAUUGUCUAAGAUUGGCAAAACUAAUUCUCCACAUCGCGCAUCGAAUGUACCGGCAUUCGAAUCCAGAGGUCAAACUGCUGCAUCACUUUCUCAUUCCACCAGCUUAGGAACAAGCUAUCAGCCAUCUUCGAUGUUUGAACAGUCUAAUAGUCUCGUGAAUUAUGCGGUUUCCCCGGGUGGUCAUUCGCCAAGAUCAAAAGCUUCAUGGAAAGAUACCGUGGAAUAUCGCAGCCCCAGUGUCGAAAGCAGCGCGCCAUCUACAGGUAUUGAGCUCGACAGCUACUCGACCCGAAGACAGACGGGGACUGUGACUCCUCAAUCGGAAGAUACCUUCUCAUUUUUCUCUCGUUCUGGUCGACCGUACCAAGAACAGAGCGUAUUCCCAGAUGUUGAAUGCGAGGACGACAAUGAUCAAUUACGCCAACAUUUGACCGACCAUACGCAUACAGCCGUUGAUAUUAUGUCUAGACAGCACGGAAUGAAACGGAGAGCGUCGUCACCGCCACGUGAACCUAUUAUCGAAACCCGUCACGCUCUUCACAAGGCGACUAGCAAUAGCGAUCUUGCGCAACGACGAGCAGGCGGAAAUCUAUUCACAAGUCAUAUUCCUCCAAGUUCGCGACAUCUACCGAGUCACGGUUCAUUAUCCUCUAUGUCUUCCGGCAGUUGGCGAACAUCUGCGUCCCUAAGCUCUUCAAGCGGACUCUCAGCAGCUACAAGUGUCUCCUCAUAUGAUCCCUUGAAUCAGCCCAGUCCCGGCGGAUCCAUUCACGGUUUGCCUGGUUCUAAGGUGUCAUAUUACAACGGAGGAGAUUCAAAGACAUCCCUAUCGAACCGUAAGAUUUCCUUGCAAUCAGGGAUCGGCGGCUCGAGGAGCGGUGGUUCCAAAAUGGGAGGUUUGUACAUUUGCGAUUGUUGCCCGAAGAAGCCCAAGAAAUUUGAAACUCAAGAGGAGCUCCGGACCCACGAGUUGGAAAAACAGUACACAUGCCAAUUUUGCAAGAACCGGUUUAAGAACAAAAAUGAGGCAGAGCGUCACCAAAAUUCACUGCACCUACGACGUCAUUCGUGGUCUUGUGCGGCACUCUCGAGCUACCAAUCCGCUUUCCAUCCUUCAACAUCACCUGCAGCUCAGACGAGCAUGGGCGCCUCUCACGACACAUGUGGUUACUGUGGCGAGGAAUUUCCCAACAAUCCUCAGCCGGACUGGGAUCAGCGGUUUGAGCAUUUGACCAGCAUGCACAAGUUUGGCGAAUGCAAUAACGUUAAAAAGUUCUUCCGCGCGGACCAUUUCCGACAACAUCUCAAGCAUAGUCACGCAGGCACGCCAGGAAAGUGGACCAACAUUCUCGAAAAUGCUUGCAUGAAAGAGGAACCGCCUCAGUCGGAGUCGAGACUUGAGAUUAUCAGCGAAAAAGGCAGCAGCACGAGGUCUGAUGCGAAUGGAGCAGGCUCCACAAAGUUAUCAUCAAGCACAAUUAACGAAGUUAUGAACGAAUCUUAA